AUGUGUUACACUGACGUCAAACGUUGCUCAGAGUUGAGCGCAAAGCGUGCUGCUGCCAACUUAAUCUCCAUGCCGCAUGUCCCUCUGAUCAUAGCGUUCUGUGUUUCCGUGGCUGUGGGCCUGGUCUUGGGCGCUCUGGUCUAUGUGAUCCUUACAUGGUUUUCCCGACGAAGAGCAGGCUCUGCCAGAAUCACGAGCUGCCCCCUUCGCCAGUCCCGUACAUGCCCAAGAAACUACCCAGGCUUCAACCGCAACAGCAGCAGCCACGACCGGCGAAGCAACAACAGCUUGGUCAGCGCCGCAUACACCUUCUACCGCCAGACCUCAAACCCGGAUUCCCUCGACCCGCUGGGGUACAAGUCUAGCUUCAGGGCGUCAACCUUCCAUCCUCUACUCCACUGUAGCCAAAUUGCCAGGGAGGCGGAAGAGGGAAGUCAGGCGUCGUUGCCCCGCACGCCCACCCUGACAACCACUACCAACUCAGCUCAUUCAGCUGCCAAUCUACCCAGACCCCACUCUUUUUGGGGGGGCAGUGGGGAUUUCCAAGCAACACAGACCCCCCCUCCUGCUUACGAGAGCAUCAUUAAAGCUUAUCAGGAGACUCAUACCUAG